CAAUUGUGCAUAUUGCAUAACAUGACGGGGUAUAUGUAUUUUUAAAGUAUUGUUAGUGGUUGAUCAAGAAUUAUGUACAAAUAACCGAAUGCCUAGAGAUAGAGACAAAAGAGAUGGGAAUGCAUUGUAUAUAUUAGAAGAUUGACUCGUGGGCCUACGACAGCAGAAUAAUGAAGAAAGAAGACGAAAACUUUAUAAGAGCGUCAUUACUGCUGCUUAAAGGGGGUGCAUUGAUGUCGAAAGAAACACUGAAAAUAGAAGUGAAGAAGACUGGCAAUGGCAUUGACCUUCUUCUAAAAAAUAAGGAAAAGAAACUUCAUCAUAAAUUUGUGAAAAGGCAGAGAGAAAAGUUAUUUCCUCAAGGAGGUGUUGGGACAGAUAUUGAAGUAUGGGACAUUGCAAUGCUUAUCACAGUUCUACUAACAAUCUUCAAACAAACACUUGAUGAUGACCAGAAAGAUCAUUUAAAGACAAUUAAGAAUAUAAGAGAUGAGGUUUAUGCUCAUACUGCAUCCUCAUCACUAAACAACGAUGAUUACGAUGAUAUACGCCAAAGGUUAGAGCAAGCUUACAUAUCUUUGUCAAGUUCGAUAGGGAAUGACAAGAAAGAUGAAUGUGACGCCAUUAUACAAGAAUGCACAGUAGAUCCUAUCAAUCCGGAAGAACUUAAGAGACAAUUAGAAAAUCAAGAGGACCUUUUCCAAGUGGUUCUUGAUAAAUUGAACGACACUCAAAAGUGUAUACUCGAAACGAGGAAUGUAAUCAUGGCUAGACUGGACUCUAUUUUCAAAAAAGAGGAUCAAAGUACAAAAACUAUUACAGUGAUAGAUGCAAAGUUAACUUUGAGUGGAGCUAUUAAUGAAAAAUCCGACAUAGACUUUGCUGAGGAUAUACUCACAAAAGUUUUAAACAAAGCAAUUAAAAGAGCAGGUGGAGAUACAGAUCAUCCAAAGAUUCGCAAAGUUGUUGACAAGAUGCUUGAAGAUAUUGGAAACUUGCCUGACGUAGAAGUUCUUCCAGCAGAGCAUAAAUGCAUCAUAUUGAAAUUCAAAUGUAGUUCUUAUCUCGGUUUGCAAACAAUCCUGAUAUAUUUGCACAGUGAUACUUUUAAGAAAAUUCUUCAAGAGCUUGCCAUCUCUCUAAAAACAAUUCAUCGAAUUAAGAGCGAACACAUCAAUAUUAAUGCGGAAGUGACCUUGGAAUGCUUGAAGGUUAUCUUAGAUACACUAAGCUCUGGCACAUCAGAUGAAAAUGUUUAUAAAAGAACUAUUAGAAUGCCGAUAGAGGUUAAAACUACAGAUGGAAUGAAGCGGUUAUGGUCAAUGUUUGAAGAUGGCGGGGCUACAAACAGAUUAAAUGAACUCUCAGAAGCCGUUUUUGAUGAAUUAAAUACAAAAAUUACAGUGACACCAUCAAUCGGAUUGAGUGGGGUUCAAGAUGAAAUAAGACAAUCAGACGAUCAUUUAAAACGAUUAACGAAUGUUUCGGCCGUUAAAGUGGAGCAUGUCAUUCCAGUUGCUGAAGAGGACAGAUAUCAAGAAAAAGAUUUCAUUUCAGAUGAACAUUUAAAACCAUUAAUGGAUGUCUCGGAUGUUAAAGUGGAGCAUAUCAUUCCGGUUGCUGAAGAGGACAAAUAUCAAGAAAAAGCAUUUGCUAAUUUACAUAUUCAAUAA